UUCUGCACUUUAGACGCACAUCCCGACGAAUGUUUCACCUCGACAGAUGGUUUCGUAAACAAUCUAUAACCCUGAAAUUAGCGAUUUAAUUCUAUCUCUUCAAUUUCCGCACCUUAACCAUGGAUAAUCUCACUCAGACUUCAAGCAGCCCUGCCCCUGACUUUCAGGAAAGAAUAAACGAGAUCAGGUUGCAGCGAGUGUUGAACUUGAACCAGAGGCUCAGAGCGGAUUUGAAAAGGGAGCGAAUUACGGCAUCCAAUGCCUGCUUACUCAUUAUCGAUUUCACCAGAACAAAGCCAGAUUAUCUCGUACCUGAAGUUUGGGGCCAGCUACCACCAAGCCAAAAUAACUUUCAUCAGGCAUUAUUGGCCCAGCGAGGCAAGAGCCGACGCGAGGAUUUGGGAGCUGGGUGCUGUGUAAUAGUUUAACGCUUGUGGUUUCGGUCUCCAACCCCCUAUUUCCAUAACUGCUUAAUAAACUUAAGCCAUUUAUGAUUGAUAUUUGAGAGUAGAUUGGCCUAUGCUGUUUUACAUCCC